GGUGGUGAGCGGGGCUCGGCCCCUCCUCGGGCCAGGGGCGGCUGGGGCCCGGGCCCGCGCCUCCUCCCCCCGGCGCCCGUGAAGGGGGGAGGAGGAAGAUGGAGACGCACAUCUCGUGCCUGUUCCCGGAGCUGCUGGCUAUGAUCUUCGGCUACCUGGAUGUGCGGGACAAGGGGCGCGCGGCGCAGGUGUGCACAGCCUGGCGGGACGCCGCCUACCACAAGUCCGUGUGGCGGGGGGUGGAGGCCAAGCUGCACCUGCGCCGCGCCAACCCGUCCCUGUUCCCCAGCCUGCAGGCCCGCGGCAUCCGGCGGGUGCAGAUCCUCAGCCUGCGCCGCAGCCUCAGCUACGUGAUCCAGGGCAUGGCCAACAUCGAGAGCCUUAACCUGAGCGGCUGCUACAACCUCACGGACAACGGGCUGGGCCACGCGUUUGUGCAGGAGAUCGGUUCCCUGCGGGCCCUCAACCUGAGCCUGUGCAAGCAGAUCACCGACAGCAGCCUGGGCCGCAUAGCUCAGUACCUCAAGGGCCUCGAGGUGCUGGAGCUGGGAGGCUGCAGCAACAUCACCAAUACGGGCCUGCUGCUCAUAGCCUGGGGGCUGCAGCGCCUCAAGAGUCUCAACCUGCGCAGCUGCCGCCACCUCUCAGACGUGGGCAUCGGGCACCUGGCUGGCAUGACCCGCAGCGCGGCCGAGGGCUGCCUGGGCCUAGAGCAGCUCACGCUGCAGGACUGCCAGAAGCUCACCGACCUGUCCCUCAAGCACAUCUCCCGGGGCCUGGCCGGCCUCAGGCUGCUCAACCUCAGCUUCUGCGGGGGCAUCUCAGAUGCGGGCCUCCUGCACCUGUCCCACAUGGGCAGCCUGCGCAGCCUCAACCUGCGCUCCUGCGACAACAUCAGCGACACCGGCAUCAUGCACCUGGCCAUGGGCAGCCUGCGGCUCUCCGGCCUGGACGUGUCCUUCUGUGACAAGGUGGGUGACCAGAGUCUGGCCUACAUCGCCCAAGGCCUGGACGGCCUCAAAUCUCUGUCCUUGUGCUCCUGCCAUAUCAGCGACGACGGCAUCAAUCGCAUGGUCCGGCAGAUGCACGGGCUGCGCACCCUCAACAUUGGCCAGUGCGUGCGGAUCACCGACAAGGGCCUGGAGCUGAUCGCCGAGCACCUCAGCCAGCUCACGGGCAUCGAUCUCUACGGCUGCACGCGCAUCACCAAGCGGGGCCUGGAGCGCAUCACCCAGCUGCCCUGCCUCAAGGUGCUCAAUCUGGGACUCUGGCAGAUGACUGAAAGUGAGAAAGUCAGGUGAGGGCGGCAGGGCCGGGCUCCCUCCCUCCCUCCUGCAUCGUGCCCUGGACACAGACUCUCUUCCCUUCCUUGGGCCCGAUGGGGCCCCUUCUGUCUUGGCAUUUGGGGCUGGAAACGGAUCCAGCUUUGUCAUUCCUCUGCUGCACUCAGUCCACCGUGUCCUUCACACUGAGGAUGGGGACAGCCCCAAUCACAUAGAGCCACCCCUUUUUGCAUAGGAAUUGAAGACUGAUUCAACUGCCUGUACCCCUGCCACCUUGCAUUGAGGAGUGUAGGAUGAAGGAGGGUCAAGUGACUAGUCUCUUUAAACCAGAGGAGUUGCUGAAGAAGCUCUGCCUUCACUUAUGCAUUUAAUUGAAUACUGUGAUCUGGUUUUUUAUUUUGAAGUGUAUAAAAAAACAAAACAACAACAAAAAAAACAGCAAACCCAGCUACUACAUUCUCUACUUGUGUAACUAAUCCUGGUCUCUUCUCAUUAUUUCUUCUUUUAUAACAAAUCUGGCAUUCAUGCUAUUUUUCCUUUUUCCUUUUUUUUUUUUAAUUUUGGAAGAAAUUUGAAAUCCUUGUGGAUUUUUAAGUACCAUUCUUUUCUGCUGAAUAUAUCCUAUAUAUUAUAUAUAUGUGUAUGAAAUAUAUAUAAUAUAUACAUUUAUAUAUGUCUGGCUACCUCGUUUUAGUUUACUUUUUUCUGAAGCCCUGGAAUUCUUACAAGAAAGAUAUUUUGAGACUGAAACAUUUUUGUGCCUAGACUGGAAAGAGACCCCUAUGGGUUUGUAAAUCAUUUUGUUUUGAUUCUUCUAAAUUACCCCAUCCAGCGUAUCUCACUUCCAUAUUCUGGCUAUAAUUUUCUCUCUUUCCUCCAUAGAAAUUGGGGGACCCAACUGUAUCUCUGAAACUUGACUUAAUUUAUAGCACAAAUGAUAGGGAAAAUGAGGACUGGACUGGUUUAUUUUUGUUUUUUGUUUGUGUUUUUUUUUUUUUGUUGUUUGUUUAAAGUGAGAUGCAGAUUGUGUCUUGAAAAUGAUUAUUAUAUAUGCAAACUCUACCUUCCCUCUAACCCCUUUUCCAAAUUUCCCUACCAAGAAAAAAAAAAAAAAAAGGUCAUGGAGGCUUCCUGUUGGGAGUGGAGAAAGGUGCAGAACUGGCCUGUAGAACCCAGGGGCUGUAAAGUGAAGGGGGAGGAGACUGAAAUUCAUGUCUUAUCUCAGUUCGGUCAAUAAAAUGGAGCUCAUGGGUUUUUUUAAAAUUCUGUUUCUAAAUGGAGGAAUAGAUGACUUUUGGUUUAAGGGGUGUUAUUAUUUUUGUUGUUUGUUUUUGCUUUUUUGGUUUUUUAUUUUUUUAAUUUUUUUGGUGGUGGGUGGGAACUGUGGCUUUAAAAAAAUGUUUACUUUUUGAGUAGGGAGGGCCUUUCUUUUCUUUUCUUUUCUUUUCUUUUUUU